AUGGACGCCACGGAGAUCCGCGCGGUGAAUUCGAUGCUGCAUUUGGUUUUUCAUCGCAAUAAGAACCAGCAUCAACGCGCCAAGUGGUGGAAGUGGUUGUCGGUUUUAAAGCGCACCACCUUGGAUCUGGCCCAAUCGCUCGAUGGAGCACGUCUCAACGCAGUCGAAUCUCACCGCCAGCAUCUGGCUACGCAUUUGAUUCCGAGAUGCUAUCUCGCUUUUUCCACUGUCGUGGCCGACAAUCAAUUCUCUGCGCUCGGUAUUGUGCUCAUGGCUACUCUAGCGCGCCUUGUAAAGGCGGCGGGGAUCAAUUUGGGACGGCCUACAGCGACCCGGAUGAAGAAAAACCUCCAAAAAUCGACCUCUAUUACACCUGUGGAGGACUUGGGUGAGCGGAUUCGCCGUGGGGGUGACAACCAGGGACAAGCUAAGGGUCGCGCGCCCUGUGAUUCCAAAAUUGACGGGCAAGGGGAUUCGGCUGAGUCUACCGAUGGUCCUACCAGAAAGACGAAGACCAAAACCAAAACUAAGAAACGGAAGAACGCCAUCGAUGACUUGUUCAGUAGUCUAUUAUAA